ACAUGUACUUCAUGCCUCAAAUGCAUAACUCGCUUGAAGUCUUUUCUAAUGAAUCUUUCCGUAUUUAAGAUUUCUCAAUGAUUAGCUAUAAAUCGAGGUUCCGGUGAAUAACUCAUUCCAACAAGCUGGGAGUUUAUCAUUCAUUGUGGUUCAGUCGUUUAGUACAUGAUGACUAGGAAAUUAGGUUCAGUUAUUCCCAAGUACUUGAGUUUUGAUCAAGUAAGCGGUCAGGAAGGUAAAAAGUAUUCGCAACGCCCUUUGUUUACGAUCCUUCAAAAUAAAAUGGAAUAACUGAAAAUGGGCAGCUGUCGUGGUCAUCAUAUUGCUCCACGAUGCAAAAGACUCUUGCUUCUUGCAGCAAUAUUUGUGUUCAUCUUAGACGUGAUUUCAGUUUGCAAUUGUGAUACAGUUAUUGGAACAUCCACAGAGAAUGAUGUCAAAUGCGCUCAGUGUCCUCAAAUUGUGUUCCCCUUGUCCUCAUCAGCGGAAGAUAAGGUUAGCAGUAAGUCCGCUCGGAUAUUUCCUGGCCAAGAAGAACUAUUGCUGAGGAAUAUUGAACCCAUCUACAUUAUCGAAGACGUUGUUGAGGACAAUGAGGACGUCAAUUUGGGACAUGACCAACACCACAACUAUUCAUUCCCACAAAAGAGGUUCGGACUAGUAGACUGGACUCUGGGGAUUAGAGUAAGCACAAAUCACAAACCGGUUUUAGCGUCUGCAAACCCGUGGCCCGGUUGGGGUUGGGACCACUCUUCUGGCAAGAACUCUGAAGAUGAGGAAGAUGAGGAGGAGGAAGAAGAAGAAGAUGAUGAAGAGAUUAUCAGCUCUAUGAAAAAUUCCACGCUUCCCGUAACCAACUCCACCGUGACCAAAAGCAAACAAAACACCAAAAGUGAUGAAGACGACGACGUAUCCGACGAGAAGGAUUAUGCAACUUCGAGUGAAAGCAGAUUCCAAAGUCGAGAGUUGGAUCUUACCAACGAUGAGGAGGUGGAAAAACAUGGUGAUGUUAACGACGAUAAGAUUGAAGAUAUGGAAGAACAUGAUGAUGACAAUAGUGAAGAAAUAGCUGACGCCAACAGUGAAAAUGAACCCUCUCUUGGCAGUGAUGAAAGUGAAGAAGACGACCAAGAUGCUUCGAACGGGAAAGAUAAUUACGAUGACACUCUAACAGAGGAGAAUAAUAGCGAUACAGAAAUUGAGCUCGGAACAGAACAUGCAAAUGGGAAUGACCCAAGCUUAGGAAAUCAUGAACGACUUCUUCUAUUAAAAAAGAAGAAACUCUUGGCUGGAGCUAUAAUUGGAACAAAAAUUAAAAAAGUUCUACUUGCCAAAAAGAUGAAAAAAAAACUUUUGCUCAAGAAAAAGAUUAAGAAAGCUUUAAAAAAGAAGGCCUUAAAAAAGAAAAAGAAAUUGAUCAAAAUGAAAUUGAUAAAGGCUGCCAAACUGAAGAAAAAGGUAAAAUUGAAAAAAAUUAAGAAACAUUUGAUAAAAAAGAAGAUUAUUAAGGCAAAACUGAAAAACAAAGCAAUUAAGAAGGCGAUUAUCAAAAAGAAAAUUAUCAAAGCGAAAUUAAAGAAGAAGGCAAUCAAGAAGGCGAUUCUCAAGAAAAAAAUUGUAAAAGCCAAGCUAAAAAAGAAAGCAAUUAAGAAAGCCAUCAUUAAGAAGAAAAUUGUCAAAGCAAAACUAAAGAAGAAAGCAAUUAAAAAAGUGCUAAUAAAGAAAGCGAUAAAAAAGAAAGCUCUGAAGAAAGUAAUCAAAAAGAAGGCAAUUAAAAAAAUUCUCAAGAAGAAGGCGAUUAAGAAAGCUAUUAAAAAGAAAGCCAUUAAAAAAAUUCUUACAAAGAAGGCGAUAAAGAAAGCCUUAAAGAAGAAAGCAAUCAAAAAAGCUCUACUCAAAAAGAAAAUUAAAAAGCAUCUUAUCAAGAAAAAGGUGGUAAAAUUAGCAAAACUUAAAAAGAAGAAGAUUAAGAAAAAACUAUUAAAAAAGAAAAUUAUCAAGAAUAAAUUCCUCAAGAAGAAAAAGAUUAAAAAAGUAUUGCUCAAGAACAAACUUAAAAAGAAGCUAAAAAAGAAGCUUAAAAAGAAACUGAAAAAGAAGGUCAUCAAAAAUCUGAUAAAAAUACAGAAAAUAAAUAAGCUGAACAAGUUGAAGAACAAGAAAAAGACGAUAAAGGGUGCGCUCAUCGGAGUUGGUGGUGGUGUACGGCUUCCAACGUCCAGUAAGCGGCCACCCCUCCUCUCCACAAAGAAAAGAAGGCCAUCUUCUCCAAAAACACAAAAGAAAGUUAAGGACAAGAAAAAGAACAAGAGUGACGAGGACUCCGAGUCAGAAUCAGAGUCGGACGAAUCGGAAGAGGAAUACUGGGACGAGGAACAAGUGAAGAACAGCACGGAUGUUGAUAAAGAUGAGGAUCUAGAAGAACAUGAUAUCAACCCUCCUACAGAUCAACACAUCAAUACCGACAACACGGACAGUACUGGAUUGUCAGACCCUUUUCUGGAUGUUGAACUUCAACCACUCGCUGAGGAUUCAACAAUUAAUGAUCAGUUGCCAGAUAUUGAAGUUGGCCUUUCGCAAAGCAUGGUGGACUCUCCAGCUGCAGCUGCAACCAAGCAGCAAGGGGUGCAACGCUUCCCUCCACGCCCUGUGGACCUUGGUGUGAAGGCAAACUUAAUCAACAGAUUUAACAAGAUUACUAAAAACGUAGUGCAAAUCGCCACCGCGUUCGAUGGCAAUGGAAGGACUGGUUAAUUUAGGUGAACAAUUUAAUGUUCUUAAAUAAAAUCAUAAACGGGAAUAAUACAUAAUCAGCAAACUAUGUAAGCAUUAUUGUGAUAAAUUAAUUUUAUUUAUCAAUUUUAUUUUAAUAAUGAAGACUUCAUUAUUUAAUCUUAGAAAACGAGAGAAUUAAAAAUUAUGAUUAUGGUUAAUGGGUAAAUUUAUUCAAUUUUAUUCAGUUUGGUACAAGAUAAUAAGAAAGAUUUAUGUUUCUUUACAGCUUACCAAUAAAAUAAACGACAUCUCACUAAUAAUUUACCAAUACGAUGAACAUACCAAUGUAAUAAUAAAGAUCAUGAGAAUACU